UGGACCUAAUUUGGUUGAUGAAUCCAUGAGAGGCAAAUGCACGGAGUUGUAUAUCUCAGCUGGGUCUGAGAGUUAUCGAAUAUGCAGGCAUUUGUUCCGAAGAAUCGGAGGCCCCGGUUUGAAUUUAUCUUGAGGAUCAUCGAUCUCAACAAUGUUCCGCUGGUGAGUGGGACGGCGUUUGUAAAAUGGCGCCUUCCCUCGUCGAAUGCGGCCGAACACCACGGGCAUACGGAUAAAGCAGUCAUCCUGGACCACCGAGCGUCGUGGCAUUACGAGAGAGCACUACAGGUCCGGCUCACCAUCGACCGCAACCAGAGCCUUCAUGAGUGCGAGGUACACUUCGAAGUCAUCCAGGAAUUUGCGACGGGUGGUCAUAAUGAUAAGGAUCUGCUCGGGAGAAUCAGACUAAACUUGGCCGAGUAUGUCGACAAGAGCGAUGACGACGAGGGCAUCGUACGGCGUUAUUUGAUGCAAGAUAGUAAGAUCAACAGCACACUCCGCAUUGGGAUUGUCAUGCGGCAAGUAGAGGGAGACAGGAACUUCACUACACCGCCGUUGCGAUCAGCUAUGGUUUUCGGGGGCAUUACAGGCGUUGUCUCCUCGGAACAAGGGGACCCUGAUGAUCUAGGCCAACAACCAUCCAUCUACACCCAAACCCGGGAAGCUGCAGAUCUACAAGACAUGUACCGUCGGACUUUGGCAGCGUCCUGGAACUCCCGGUCAGACGACCUGCCUGCCGACAAGUUGAUCGAAGAGUUAUUCUCCGGAGGCGUCUCCUGGAGCAGUGACACUCGCGAUACCCCAAUUGGAAAACAAACGAACGACGAUCAGCGCCUAAGUAGCGAAACAAGGGCCAAGCGGACUAGCUCUGGAAACCGACUAUCACCCAGCUUCGAGAGACGGCCCCGAAGUGCGUCAAGCAUGCAUGCACUUCGAAACGACGCGAAAAGCUUGCAAGAAAUCUCCUUGGGUAUGGACCGCUCCAGCAAGGGUGAAAGCAUCGAACAGAAGCUAUAUGAAAGUGGCAAAGGAAAGGCCUGGAAGAGUCGAAGAAAUGAACACGAAGUGUCCGAGUUUGACGUUCGUGAAGACUUGAGGAGUUGGGCAGUGGGUGGAAAGGAGGAGUGAUGGAUGGUAGGAUUUACGCAUAGUUUGAGACAAUAAUACCCAGAUGCAUGAUUUUUGAUAAUUGCAACCGGUCACAUGGG